AUGGCAAAUCCAUCAACAGAAACAGCAACAGGAGAUGGGCAAAAUUUAGGCCCAGAGAUUGAUAUCGAGAAGGAAAUAGCGAAGUUGAAUUAUUAUACAGAGCAGACAGAUGAGCUCAUAGAAAUUGGAGACACAGUAGAAAUGGAGAUAGCAACAAAUAGGGUGAAGGUAAUCCACAAUAAGAUAAUUGAUUUGACAGGGAGAAUUGAAGAGAUGAAAUUAGAACAAGGGGAAUCAUCUAGGUCAGUUAGGCAGUGGAAAAAGGAUGUGAAAGAUAAAUAUACAGGAAUGUUAGAGCAAAAUGAGAAAAUGUUGAGAGCUUUAACACAAAUAGAAACUCAAACAAGAGAGGAAGGUCUGAGAAGGGAAUUUGAAAGGAAGCAAAUUGAGCAGCUAAGGGAAGAUAAGAGAAUGCUAGAAAGACAAAAGCAAUUAGCAGACCAUGAAGAGAAAAUAAGAAGGGAGAGAUACUUACAAGAGAAGUCUUUAUGGGAGGAAAGAAUGCAUGCUGAAAAUAAACUUGCAGAGAAAAAGCUAGAAAUGGAAUGUGGGGCUAAGGCAACCUUUUCAAAACUGCCAGAGCUGAGAGUCACACCAUUUAAAGGCACAAUAGCUGACUGGAUAAGAUUUGAAAACAUGUUCAUAAGUCAAGUUUUAAGUAAGGGGUUUAGUGAUGAAGUUAAAUUUGGAUAUUUGUUAGAGAUGGUGAAUCCUAGAGUAAGGGAUAAAAUUGCAAAUCUAAAACCAGGAAAAGUUGGGCUUGAAACUGCCUGGGAAAGGCUCAAAAAGGAAUAUGGGCAAAGGAAUGCUGUGAUAAACACACACAUUGAUGAAAUUGUGAAUCUACCUACCAUAAAGGGAGUAAAUUAUGAGAAAAUUCAAGAAUUUUAUGACAAGCUCACAAAGAAUUAUGAUGCCCUGCUGAUACUUGAUGAAGAAAACAUGUUGAGAGGAUUUGUGAUGACAACAUUAAACAAGCUGCCAAAUGUCAAGUCUGAUUUGGUAAGGCUGGAUGAUGAUUGGGAAAGCUGGGGGAUGUCAAAGCUUAUUGAUAAUUUGCAGAAGUGGUUGAAAAGAAACAAAACAAAGGAAAUAGGAAAGCCAGUGGAAAAAAGAGAAAAACACUGGUAUACAGGUGAAACAAAGGAGAAACACUCAAGAAAAUGUAUUUAUUGUGAUCAAGAUCAUUGGAGUGAUAAGUGCAAAACACAGGAAACUAUAGAGAGUAGGAGGAGCUUCUUCAGAGAAAAUAAGCUAUGCUUCAACUGUGGGAAAAAAGGACACAGGGGGGAUAAGUGUCUAAGUAGGGGGUGCUACUUUUGUAAGGCUAAACACCACAGCAGCCUAUGUGAAAAGCAGAAAGGUGAAAGUGAAAAAGGUUCAAUUUUAACAGGAUUCACACCUUCUGUGGAGGAAACACUCCCACCAAUUUUGCCUGUAAGAAUUGAUGGAAAGGUUAUUUGGGCAUUCCUUGACACAGGUUCAGGAAGGAAUUUCAUUUCUAAGGAUGCGUUAAUGAUGCUCAAAUCAAAACCUGAGAGAUAUGAAACAAAAGAUGUAACAACUAUCAAUGGAACAGCAAGAAAAGCCAUGCCAAUCUUUCAGAUGACCAUAGAAUCAUUAGACAAGAAAGCCAGAGAACAUAUUGAGGUUGCAGGGGUAGAAAUGCAUGAUUUCACAACAGUCAAAAGGCCAGAUUUAAGGAAAUUGAAACAGCUGUUUAGACACACCAAAGACAAAGAAUUCUACAUAACAGCAUCAGGGGAACAUAAAAUUCACAUGAUUAUUGGAGACAAAACAUACAGCAAACUGAGAACAGAGACAGUUUUCAAGGGGAAUGAUGAUGAACCAAUUGUAGAAGGCACAUCAUUUGGUUGGAUUAUUCAUGGAGGAGAAUUUUCUAGCACAAAUUGCAUGUUCACCAGAGAGCUUGGAAAUGAAUAUGAGAGAUUAUACAGCCUUGACAUACUUGGGGUUGAAGACAGGGGAGAAGAUGACCAAUUAGAUGUUUACAAAGAGUUCAAAGAGAACAUUUCCAGACAAAAUGAUGGAAGGUAUGAAGUUAAUGUUCCAUGGAUACCAGGAAGCAAUUUGGCAGAAACAAAUGAGAUGCAGAGCAGAAAGAGAUUGAAAAAUGUUGAGCGCAAACUGAGGCAUGAUGAAAAACUGCAGAAAGAAUACACAGAAAUUGUUGAGAAUCAGUUAAGAGAGGGAGUUGUGGAGAGAGUUCCAAGUGAACCAUCUGGAAUAGACAGGGAAUUUUGUAGAAAAAACUAG